UGUUGUGAAGCCAGAACUUUAAAAACACCACUCGUGUUUAAGUGUUUAAGCGUUACAUUGGCGCUGGUUAAUGUUUUGACAGAUAGUGCUUUACAACAACAAGUGACUCCGCUGAAACUGACCCUCUUUUCAUUUUGGGAGCAUCCUGUUUAAAACCGCGUAAAAUGAGCUCUGAGGUUUGUCCAUUCUGUGGAAAAACUUACAAAAGGUUGAAGAGUCACCUUCCACACUGCAAGGCGGCAGCGAGCUCUAGAGCACCUCCAACCACACAGGAUGUUGCAGCCACUCAGAAACCUGCUUCCCAUCCGGCUGCAGCGGUUUUCAGAACAACCUCAAAGGGAAAGAAGAGCGAGCAAAUGUCCUCCGUGGCAACGUAUCUACCAUCAGAGAGGAGCAAAAAAGGUUCAGUGGCAUCAUUAAAACCAGUGCGCUUUGCAACACCAGAUGGCUCAUCUUCAUCGCCAAGCAUUGCAUCGAGCUCAUCAACCUCGAAGAAGAAGAAACASUCYCUGAGUGAUCAAAUCAUUACAACGGCCCCGUCUGCCUCCCCACCUUCUCCACUGUCCUCUACUUUGUCCAAGCCAAAGAAGAAGAGUCUCCGUGCUUUGAUAGAAGCAGCAAAAUCUGAGCAUAUUGCGAAGGAAACUCUAACGGGAACCAGCUCAGCCUCAGAAAAUUUAAGUCUGAGUAGAACCAGCGACCAAACAGAGACCAAAGCAGUUCCAGACUCUUUUAAAGGCACCAGUGUCGCUUCAGUGCUUGCAGAAACUAAAGCUAAGAAAGAACCAAAGGUGAAGGAUGUUCUUUUGACAACCAAGCAUACAUCUGACUUCCUGGACUCUAAUGYGAAUGAMAAUAAUSUCAAGUACCCUGAUUGGGGGACUGAGGGGCCUGUGGAGCCAGGAAGUGGUCACCAGAUGAGAGUUACCCUGCAAGAUGUCAAAGCCACACUAGGCAGAGCCACCAGCCAYCGGCAGUCCAGUCGGCCGAGCGUCCUGAGCCGCAUCGCAGCAGCCGACAGCCUGAACAGCAAAAUUAGGCUGGACACUGAUCUCGGUCUGAUCCCGCUUCCAGCGGAGAGCCAAAAACACGCCGUAAACUAUUUGGCGACACCCACAACUCAGUCAGAUAAGCAGCUCGGCAACAGAAAACAAYCGAAAGAGCUACAACUGUUUCAGAAAAUCUCAACCCAACUCAACCCAACUCAACAAGAUACUGAUCGUCAGCUGGAGCCAGCUUCAGUAUGUGCAAGAGUACAGCGUGGUACAAGUUCCUCCAUCUUAAAUGAGAGCCUGAAGGUAGACCCUCACAGAGGACUAUUCUCAGUCUUUGCAUCUCCCCACYUGCUCUCCAGCCACAAUCUCCAUCCUGCUGAAACACAGAGUUUGCCUGGGAUGGCCGAAGAUUUCCAGCUCCUAACCGGGAAGAGAAACGUUGCCGAGAAGCCAACUGAAGGUUGGUGAUCCAGGAAGCAGGGCCAGGUCUCGUUAUUGAGGGUCUAACAUUUAACACUAGAAACAUAGAAACUGCAUUUUAGAUAACUCCGCGUCAGCAAUUGUGCCUUCUGUUCAACUURCGUCUGUAAUUUUUGAAUCCCUAAGCUGUUCCAUAACAGUGUCGUGAAGGAGGUUUAGUUUUCCUUUUUGUGAAAUGCAGGACUGCMGACACAGCGGAGUUYGGACCAGGUGAGACUGAGGGAACUGCCUGAUUGGUUGGCCAGCAGAAGGCCCAGGCGGCCCAGAGAUGUUGUAGAAAUGAUGCAGAGAGG